UGAGGGCGGUAACGUUGCGCGCAUGAUCAGCCGGUUAAUAAGACGCCGGUUUGGAAGUUUGAAUAGAGAGAGAUGCUCUCGGUGUGAAGACGAGUAGAGGCUGGAAAACACGAAAAAGCGAGAACUAAAGAAGUAAAAACGAGAAAUAAAGUGGUGAAAGUAUUAGGGGGGAAGUUUUAGUCCGUUUUAAACAUAAAUUCGGACCAUGGUUCAGCAGACGGAGCACGGCGGGGCGGGGAUUAACACCGGGUCCCGCGAGGUGACCGACCCAGACGACAGAGAGCUUCUGGCGGCCUCAGCGUGCAGCCCGGUGCCGCUGAAGCCGGACUGGUGUAAAACAGCGUCUGGUCACAUCAAACGGCCGAUGAAUGCGUUCAUGGUGUGGUCCAAGAUAGAGAGGAGGAAGAUCAUGGAGCAGUCGCCGGACAUGCACAACGCCGAGAUUUCCAAGCGGCUCGGGAAGCGGUGGAAGAUGUUAAAAGACGCCGAAAAGACGCCGUUUAUCCGGGAGGCGGAGCGGCUCCGGCUCAAGCACAUGGCUGACUACCCGGACUACAAGUACCGGCCCAAAAAGAAGCCCAAGACGGAGGGCUGUGCCGCGUUUGCUGCAGGGAAACCAGCCGCUCAGUCCCCGGAGAAAACUACAGUCAGACCCGGGAAUAAAAACCCCGCCGCCGCCAAGAAAUUCUCGAAGUUGAAACCCAGUAACGUUAAACCGGUGCUCGGUCCCGGUAGAGCGGGCAGCCACCUCCCCCAGCACCCGGACCCCCGGUACCGGUACGUGCUGACCACCAGCUUUGAAACCAGCAAGCUCGUUAAACGGGACUUUACCGACUCCGAGGAGGAGGAGGACGACGACGAGGAGAGUUCUGAGGAGGAGCAGGAGUUUAAGGUGGAGGAGGAGGACGAGCCGGCCCGGUACAGCUUCGCUAAGGUCCCGGCGGCCGAACCGGAGGGAACCGGCAUGUACGAGCCGUCCGGUCGACUCUUCUACAGCUUCAAGAACAUCACCCGGCAGGGCUCCGGAACCACCUCCUACCCGGCGUCCCUCUCCCCAGCAUCCUCUUCCCGCUCCGGCUGCGGUUCUUCCUGCUGCGGGGAGGACCUGGAUGAUCUCCUCCCGGGGGAGGGCGCCGACUUCUCCCUGAGCCUCCUGGCCGGCCUCCACGCCUCCUCCGAGCCGUGGACCUCGUCGUGCAGCUCGGCCGCGGGGAACCUGAGCCUGUCGCUGGUGGAUAAAGACCUGGACUCGUGCGGCAGUGAAGGCAGCCUCGGCUCCCACUUCGACUUCCCGGAUCACUGCACCCCGGAGCUCAGCGAGAUGAUCGCCGGGGACUGGCUGGAGGCCAACUUCUCCGACCUGGUGUUCACUUAUUGAUCCACAGAAGGGUUAUCAAUACCAGACCCGAGCAGAUGGAAGGAUUAUCUUUUUUUUUAUUAUUAUUACCCGCCUCAUCUGCUCCGGAGCCGGUUCUGGAGCUCCAGAGCCAGUCAGGGACCGGGGGGGUGGGGCAGGUGCUGCUCGGGCUCAGUGAGGGGGAGGCGGGGAGCUGCUUUGGGAGAUCCCCGGACUGAACACAGCGGUGUUUCUGCAAAAAUGAAUGAAUUUAAAUCACCUCAACAGGGUUUUAUGGAUUUAGUUUUCUGUUGCUCGGGUGUGAACCAGAACCCGAACUAUGCAUUCCCGUCCAGACCCACAAUGACUUUAAAUAACACUAAUAUCAGGAUGGUUAACCCCCACCCCCACCCCAGCACCAGGACUAUAACUGCAGGACUAUUUUAUGUGAAACCCCACCUUUAACCUCCCUUUUUUAUAUUAUUUUAUUAUUUCUGGCUCCCUCCAGGUUUGGGGAAACAUCAUAAAAUGUUGAGUUUAAAACCCUGAACCCCACAGGUAUGACAGGAAGCAUGUUUUGAUAUCUACAUAACCAAACAUACCUCAUCUUUUUAAAAAAAAAAAAUCAAGAAGUAAAACUAUUUUCAGGCAUAUUUUUGUACAGUCAAAGGGAAUGUCAAAGGUGUUUUCAGGCACUUCUUCUUCUUCUACCACUUUUCAUUCUGACUGUUUUGAAGAUUAUUAUUUGUUACUGAGCAUGUGAGGGUUCAGAUCCCAGCCGCCUGCCUUGCUUUAAUGCCUUGCUGUUGUUUUAAAGGAGUGUAAGACAGACAGUUUGGGAUAAACGGUACCAGAGCAGGAUUGUAUAUGUUGUGUAAAAUAGUUGAGAUUUAGGAGUUUAUGUAUAUUUGGUGUGAGUGAGUCCCUGAUAGCAGGAGAGAAACUGGAUUUUCUGUUACAUUAUUUUUUUUUUGUAUCAUCAGCGGCACAUAUUUGUUUUUUGCUCAUUAUUUUUGUGCAAUAUAAAAGAAAAGAAAGGAAAAAAAUAAAAAUAAAGGACCAUCCCCAAGUUUUUUUGUAGCAGAAGGGGAAACUGCGAUAAACUUUUGUCUGUAUGUUGACGACUGAAUAAAUCAGCUGGAACUGA